GUGGCGGUGUUGUGGGGGGAUUCUCUGUGUGUUUGGGAGUUGGGAGUUCCUAAAGUUUCGGAGAGGGAGGCGGGGAGCCUAGCGCUGCUCUUUUUCACUCUGCACUCGGCGCUCCACGCAGGCAGAGCAGGCAUCACCUCAACAGGCACACCCGCACCGCCGAGCAAGGACGCAACCACACACACAGACACACACACACACAGACACACACACACACACACACACACACACACACACACACACACACACACACACACACACCUGGGACUUGUUUAUCUGGGAGCACAGGGGGAGUGUCUGCCUACCUCUGCUGUGCACAACCUGGACCUUGGACCUGAAGGAGAGAUAGAGAGACACAGACACCGACAGCAAGAGGCAGAGAGAGAGAGAGAGAGAGAGAGAGAGAGAGAGAGAGAGAGAGAGAGAGAGAGAGAGUGAGCUAAAGGAAACAAGCGGACGCUCUUAUGUUCGUGGAGAGCUGCGUCCCGGGUGAGGGGAGCAGUGGGGGGAGUUGAGCAGUCAGUGAGGGGGGGGGGGUUGCUGGUGAUGUUGAAGCCGACCGGCCCCGUGCCGCUGCGUACGGGCUGGGGUCCGGAGCGUCUCCACGGGGGGCUGGUCCUGCGCGCCUGCCUGCUGCUCACGGCGUUCUCCGUGUGCGCCCACGUCUACCUGGAGCGGGCCCGGGGUGGUGGAGCGUCGCCGGCCCCCCUGGCCGCCGGCGUGGCCCGCUCGGGACGUCCCACCCUGGCGUCCCACCCUGGGGAGGGCAGACCCGGGGCCGGGACCCCGAGGCCGGGCCGGGCCCUCAGGCGGAGGGUGUCCUACGUGCGUGACGGAGCGCCGAAGAUGAAGGACCCCUCGUUGUCCCGGGUGAUGGAGGAAGGCGGAGAAGGGCGUCCGCAGCGCCGCCCGCACAAAAAGGCUCUGCGCUGGCGCAUUGAGCUGGAGCCAUGGGCGAGCGAGCAGCAGUCCCUGGAGGACGAGGCCGGGCGGUUCCUCCGCUACAUCACCACGCCGCAGGUGUCCUGUGGCUCCCUGGCCAAUGGGAAGGCAGAUGAGGGGGAGGGGUCUCUGGGGGCCUGGGCCGUCUGUCUGGAUCAGAGCUACAGCCUGUGGCACAAGGUCCACAGCAAGCACUGCAGGAUCUACUCCCUGGGACUGGGUAUGGAGGAGCGGGCCCUGGAGGGCUUCCUGGCCCAGGCGGGCUGUGAGGUCCACUGCUUCGACCCCAGCCUGAAGCAGCCCCACCGCCAGCAGCAGCCCCGUCUGUGGCUGCACCGCCUCUCCGUGGACUGGAGGGACCCCCCCCCGGCCGCGCGGGCCCAGCGCCACCAGCACGCCAGCACCAAGAAACUGGCCGCCGUCCUCAACGACUUUGGACACAGAGAGGUGGACGUGCUGAAGGCGGACAUGGAGAGCGCCGAGUGGAAGAUCCUGGAGAACCUGGUCCUGGAGGGCGUCCUGGACCAGGUGGGCCAGCUGCUGCUGGAGGUCCACCUCCACUGGGCGGGCUUCGAGGUGGCCGGCCACGACCCUGCCGUGGUGCGCUACUGGUUCAGCCUGCUCCAGGAGCUGCACCGGGCCAGCUUCCGCCUCUUCCGUUGCCACAGCGACCCGGCCAAGCCGCACGUCUUCCUGCACAAGAACGUGCUGAACGCCAGCAGCACUUACACCCUGGGCUUCGUGAACACCCAGUGGAAACCGUGAGGAAUACUGAGCCAAAACAGACUUCGUUUGUUGGAAGUUGGAGGUACUCCAGAGGUCAAAAGGGAAAAAGUAAAGUGAGAUAAAAGGUUUCUCCGGAUAUUAACCCGAGUCUUACCCACCCAUGAGGUUUAAGUCUUGCAGCGAUUCCCAUCCCGUCUUCUCCUAUAUGUCUAUGGGCCUGCAAUGACCUCAGCUGUGUCGUACUCCCUUGUUCGUAUUCAUUCCCUUGACUGCGUCGGCUCACCUGCAACCAACCACAGCAACACUCCUAGACGGUGUGUGGGCUGAACGCAGCACCGCCAAGCAGGCAUCGAGACCACACCAGCAGGCUUUGUGCCCAGAAAGAAAAGGAGCCGUAUUUGUUUGUCAUCACGUGGUUGUGGGAUGUCAGUAUAAACUGCAUGGAACACGGACCGGGUAAUGGAGGUACCUAAAAGGGUUCCUGUAGCGCUAUCAAGUGCAGGAUGUCGUUGACAUAGAUAUCCGAAUUGAGGAAAGAUCUGGGACCGCCUUGUGCAGUGAGAACAGACCGGAUGAGAGCAUGUUGUCAAUACUGUGAGGGCUGCUUUGACUUUUAUUGUUCUUCCAAGAAAUGAGUGGGAGCUGGAAUAGAACGCUGCACUGCUGUAGCAGCUUUACAAAGAGAAAAUAAAAGACUGACAGAAAAAUGUACUUCAAUAAUGACUACGCUUAUCAUACAUUUUGGUUACCCAAUAGGAAAUGUCACUUUGGCUGCCAAUAAGCAGUUGCCCCAUUCUAUCUGCCCUCUGUCUCUCUCUCUCUCUGCCAGGCCUUGUGAACUAUAAUCUCUGUCAUUGCAGAACUUGAGUCACCAGAAUUUAUUAGAAAAUACUCCACUAGAUUGACAACGCAGGAAUAAUUUCCCAGUCCAUUAUCAUUGUUAUGCUAAUAAUUUACAGCAGUUCAAAGAGAACGAAAAGGGAUUUUUCUUUAUUUUCUUUGGGAAGGCUAUUAAGGAGCUUUCAUGGUUAAGAGGAAGAAAUAGCCACAAACGAAUUGGAGGCCAAUAAACUGUACAAAAUGUUUAUUUUAACCAAUGUCCAGGAACACAUACAAAAAAAAGUAUUACAUCUUCCAUUAAACAGUAGAGUACAUCGGCAAAUAAAAGCGAAAUCAGUUCAUAAUUUUAAUGUAGACGCUGUGUGUUUAAUAAGAAGCAUGAACACGACGCGAUACAAAAAUACACUUCUAGGAUCAGACUGGAUACCAGCCCUGCUUCUGCCUGCUGUCCCCUCAAUCACCUGGAAAGAGAAAAACUAUGGGGAGCAGCAGCGUUCGUUCACACCCAUCCUCACGGGGACCGCGUUCACAGCUGCACUGACGGGAUCCGUGUUCACACGCGCACUGAUGGGGACGGCUUUCACACACGUAUUCACGGGGUCCUCGUUAGAGCUCGCACCUCUGCGGCUGGCGUUCACACACACACACACACACACAGGGGGACCUCGGGGGUCUCCGCUGCUCCUCUAGUCCCAGAGUUUGAUCAGGCCGUCCCAGCCGCAGGUGAUGACCUUGGAGGUCUCGUGCGGGUGCCACAGGGCGCUGAUGCACACCUUGUCGUGGGCCUUGAUCCGGUGGUACAGCUUGGUGGUCUUCCAGUCCCAGAUGUUCAGCUUGCCGUCCGCGUCCCCUGACACCACAUAACUGCGGGGGGGGGGGGGGAGGAUGGCGGAGAACUGGGUUAGAACUUGAGUGACUGUAGUCGUGUUGCCGUGGUUACCGAGGGGAGCAGUUGGUUACCUGCCGAUAUGUACGUGGGUGAGGUAGGCAUGGAGCGAUAAGGAUAAUUGGGCCUUGUCCUAAAAUUAGGGUGUCUGGCUGGCCUAGUUGGCUCCCCCGAGUUUCAGCAUGUCAUCUGUUGAGAUCAACGGCUCGGGUUCGACUUGACGACUAAGACAAAUGUGUGGUAGAACCAAGAGGAUUGCCGGGGCGGAUAUGGGCCAACUGCGGGCAUGACAUGGGGCUGCAGCAUUAAGCUCUCUGCAUUGGCAACACCACGACAGGAUACAUGUCAUUUUAUUAGACUGCUUGGGAUACGAUCUGAAAAUGCCUUCCCUGUUUAGCAUGGCCGGUCACUCUUAUUACAUUUUUUUCUAUUUUUCAAGGUUGGUAAACCCUUAAUAACCUUUUUCAGUUCAUGCAAAGAAUUAUAAAAAUGGGGAAAUUCUCUUUGAAGUCUGCUCCGUCUGUCUGAAAACCCUUUGCCAGAGAGGUCGUUUUCUGUAAGCUGGGCUCGCUUCCUGAGGCGUGAGUGACGUGCUUUUGGACAACGUUUGACAACCUCCUUCGCACUAAUGAGUCCUCCUUCCUAAAACCUUUACGACUGUCGCGACUGCUCCGAUGGCCCUUUUUAGUUCGUCACUCUCAGGCAGGUUCAUAACUUUACCUCAGCUAGACCUUUCCGUUGCGACAAGAUGACGAUCGCUGGUGAAUGUUCCGUUUUUGGACCAGUCCACAAGCUGGUCUCACACUCAAACAGAGGUCUCACACUCAAACAGAGGUCUCACAUUUGAAUAGCGGUCUCACACUCGAAUAGCGGUCUCACACUCGAAUAGCGGUCUCACACUCGAACAGAGGCCUCCCACUCGAACAGAGGCCUCCCACUCAAACAGAGGCCUCCCACUCAAACAGAGGCCUCCCACUCAAACAGAGGCCUCCCACUCAAACAGAGGCCUCCCACUCAAACAGAGGCCUCCCACUCAAACAGAGGUCUCCCACUCAAACAGAGGUCUCCCACUCAAACAGAGGUCUCCCACUCAAACAGAGGUCUCCCACUCAAACAGAGGUCUCCCACUCAAACAGAGGUCUCACACUCAAACAGAGGUCUCACACUCAAACAGAGGCCUCACACUCAAACAGAGGCCUCACACUCAAACAGAGGCCUCACACUCAAACAGAGGUCUCACACUCAAACAGAGGUCUCACAUCCCCACGUCUGACGGAGCAGAGAGCGGCCUCACCUCAUGUCGGGGGAGAAGUCCACCUGACAGGCGUAGCCGGCCACCAUGUGGCCCUUGAAGAUCUUCUUCUUGUUCAGGCGGAAGCGGUUCUGGGCCCCAAAGAUCAGGAUCUGGUUGUCCAUGGACUGGCACGCCAGCCAUUUACCUGGAGGAGGAGAGAGGGAGAGACGGCGGAGGUUUAAGGAUCCUCCCGGAUGAUGUCAAACUACAGCAUAAAACCCAAUGAGGAACUACAAUUGUAGUCCUUUUCGUGUAUCCGCAGUAUUUAAGUGCAAGGGCUCAAUGUGUCGGACAAAGAAAUAGCUUUUUACCAAUAACAGUAUCCAGUAUAAAAUAAACAUUACGAUAACACCAUG